GGGGUGGCGGGCGGGCGAAGAGGAGAGCGAACAGGAAGAGGAUGGCAGGGAAAAGGAACUGCUGAGCGGGGCCGGGGACCGUCGCCUGUCAGGUGUCGGAGGGAGGCGCUCGAAAGUGCACGGAGCUGCUUGGUUUUCCUUUAUUGCCCCCAUCCCCGCCGCUCGCUCUUCCAAGACUCUGCUCCACCGACUCCAAGCAGGCACUGAUUCUCCUCAGUGUAGUCUUGUAUGCUUUGGACAAAGGCGCCAAGUGGGGGUGAGUUGGGCGCCUCGUUUUUUGGUGUGUGGUGGUAGGGAUACUUCAUAGUCCCGCUGCAUUUGCACUACGUUUUUAUAGCACUUUAGGGAAAAAAAGCCUUUCUUUCCCGUCCUUUCGAUUUCAUUUAUAAGCUUGUGGUGGUGAAAUGAUUUGUCUUCUCUUGCCCUCCACUCGUUUCAAAUAGUGGUGUUAGGUGGUGAAGGCGAUAUACAAUCUGGAUCAUAGCUUAAGCUCUUUUAAAAGCUGAGCUGCCAAAGUAUGCUGGUAUGAAAUGCUAGGCAAGUCGUUCUUUUAAAAAACCGACAGCCUCCAAACCUGGCCUCUAGCUCAAGUCCUAAAGGCAGCCUUUUCCAAAUAGUAUUUCCACAUUUCUUUUGUUUCCUUCUUUUUCCUCCUCAGCACCAUCACCUGAACAGCUAAAACUUCUCUGGCAUCCUUUGUUAAGUUGUUGGACUUGGGAUCUCUUCCCAGUGAGAGCUGCAUAUCCUCAGUGACUCAUUUGGAUUCAUGAGAGUCUCAUUGCUGGGACACCUUCCGGACUACAUUCUUCAGCUCCUUGCCUGAAGGUGAAAAUCAUAUUAUUUGAAAACACCUGAAAAGUACUUGUUUGUUAGGGAAUGCAAACAUUUUAAAAAAACCUUUGUUAGCUUUUAUCUCAUUUCUCUCCCCUGGUCUUUACACAGAUAGCAAGGCUUCCUUUUUUUCUUUCUUGUCCUAAAUCUGUAGUAGCUCAGACAGGUUGAUUUUUGGUCCUGUAGGCUUUUGAUGUGGCCCUGCCCUAUAGCAUUCUUUUUGUGAAGAAGCAAGAGGAGAAAAGUGUGUGUGUAUACACUUCCCCCCUUUAAAACUUUUUGUUUGUUUGUUUACUGACACACAGGAUCUUGCUCAAUGAAGAAAGAGAAAACCCUGGGAAACGGUUGGGCAGCUUGAGCUGUGGAGGAAGUUUCUUGGUUUAAAGGGCUGCAUGAGCCACUUAAUCUACUAAGGAAAUGAAAAGAUUUUCAAAUCCUCUUCUUUAAAUCUGCUGCUUCUGGGGGAGAGGUUAACGGGAAAAGGUUCGGUUGCAGUGAGUUGCAACCAGCUGUUGACAGGCUUAGCAAAAGGUGAAAAGCAAAACUGCAAAGCUGGGGCUCCGUAGCGAGAUGAACAUGUUUUUGGGGGCAUGCGGGGAAGGCUCUGAGACUCUCCUACAUGGAGAAUUUGGUGCCCACCCCCCGAAGGGGACCCGCUACGCCCUCAGCCUCACGCGGACAGAGUUGCAUAUCCAGCGCCUGGUGCCCAAGCCAGAUACAGAUCACCGGACGGUGUUGCAGCUGAUUGAUGUGGUGGGCUGCCACACGAUGCGCAGCCACACAAUUGCAAACCAGUCAGCUUUCUUCAGUGUCUACGCUUACCCGCUGAAGAAGAGGAAGGUGGCGGUGAGCUCUGGGCGGGUGCGGCAGCGGACUGCGAGGACCUUUCAGGUGGACAGCGCAGAGUGCUACGAGGAUAACCUAAAAGUGGCUGAGAGGUGGGCAGCUGCCAUCAAGUGCCUGGUCUUGGGGAUCCCCAUCUCGAGCGAAACAGGUAAGGGAUGCCCUGCACAAUCCUUUGAGUGUUGCUUCUUGCCUAGAGAAACUAUGAGUCCUCGCUACUUACAAGUGGUAGCCUUUCCUAGACUCUGAUGCUUCACAUUGUAGGUGGGUUAUCACCAAUUUUUUUUAAUGCUUCACCUAUAAAAUCCUUCUUGCUUGUAGAAAACUGACCCAUCAGGGAGGUGUUCAAUGCUAGCCCUUCCCCUGAUAUGCUCCUCCCCACCCCCUCCAAAAUAGGGAAGUGUUUUUAAAAAAGCCCCUGCCAUGUGAUUUUGCCAAAUAUGUAGAGUUUGUCUAACACUCUCCUCCACAAAAUCAAAUAGGUUUACUACCGUGUCUCUGCUCCUAAUAUUGUCUUCAAGAACUCAGGAGACCUAGAUACCAAAAUCCCUUAGUUUUAUAAUGUUUUGUCUAUCCCCACAAUCUCUCUCUUGACUUAGAGAGCUGUUGGACUGAUUGUGGCUGGUGAGGUUUGUGGUCUGAAAGAUCUGGAGGAUGCCUGGCUAGCAAAGGCUGGCCUAGGUGGAGAUAUCCUGGAGUCCAUCCUCCUAAACCAGUAAUGCUGGCAGACCCUCCCUAUGAUUCUUGGAACCUUUAGCUUCUGCAGUAUUUUAUUAACUUAUUAAAUGAGAUACUUACUAAAUGACCCAGCUUAUCUUGCAGGGCAGAGGAUUAUAGUACUAAACUUGUACAUAACAUGAGAAUAAUUGUAAUACACAGAGUUUUGUAAGAUUCUUGCCUCUGGCACUACUGUAGUUUUUGGCUUUAUAGAAUGGGGUGUGUAGGGAGUUCAUAACAUUAGUUGAAAGGCGGAGAUGCUCUGAAAGUGCUCUUGCUGCGUUCUGUUCAAAUGAAGUUCCCCCUCUUUUUCCCUCUGUCUCAGAGCAGGGGUAGCCAACAUGGUGCCCUCCAAUGUUCCUGGGCUACUGCUCCCACUCUCGCUGACCAUUGGCCAUACUGGCUGAGGAUGGUGGGAGUUGGGAGUUGAACAACAUUUAAGGGGUAAGCUCAUGGGCAGAAUAAGGUCUGUACAUUUGCAGCAGAAGCUGGCAGUCUGUGAUGUCACAAACUCGCCUGCCAUCAACCUCGUCUACACCAGUGUAACUUCUAAAGUGGGUGGUGCCUUUUUAAAAAAACAAGAAUAAUGAGAUGAUAGAAUGAGUUUUUAAAACAAUAAAAGUGGUGCUGUCAAAUUAUCAUUUAUCACCCCCCCCCCCGCCAAAUCUUUCUACCUGAAGAGCAGGAAGAGGAAGACAAGACUGAUAACUGAACCCAGCAUUUGAUUUACACAUACUUAUGAUGUAAAAGUGGAUGGGAACCAUGUGGAGAAAAAUCUCCCAUGACUCCUUUAAAAAAUAAAAAUAAAGACUGCAGUUCCGUUCAUGCUUACCUCGGAUAAGUCCCUUUGAACUUCAAAUGUGCUUAUUUCUGGGUAGUGUAUAGGACUUCACUUACACAGGCUAUGUCUGCAUACACCUGAGAUAGUGGCAGGCUGGUUGUGGGACUGGCUUUUCCUGUGAGGCAGGGAUGGGACAUAUCUGCUUUCUAUAUUGCUGAACUCCUCAGCUCCCAUUAUCCCUGACCUUUGACCAAGGCUGGCUGGAGUGUCGGGAGCCCAGCCCUGUGCUGUUAGAAAUAGAGCUCUGGAAUCUUCCGUACCCGAAAUCCUUGGUGUUUGCUUUCACUUCCCCGAUUAAGGACGCGAAAAUGCAUUUUGCUAACAUUUCCUUCAACUGAUCAUAUUCCAAUGUUUAGCUAAAAUGCAUGAAGUGAAUACAGGACAAGUCAUACCUUCCAGCCAUCUAGAUGGAUAAACACCAGUUACCACCAUUCUGCCAUGUGCUGGGCUGGGUGGGUGUAUGUGUGUAUUCAUGUGUUGCCACGCUCAUUUUCUGGCUGCACCCACCACAGACAUGCUGAUUCCAGAUGGGCUUUUCCCAUCUGGGCUCUUCUGCUUGAAAAAAAAGAAGUUCAGCACCUCUGCUUUAAUUUGGCCCGUAAAGAGAACCCAGGGCAGGACUGUGUAGAUCUCAGAUCUUAGUAGUUUCCCUUGAGUUUGGUGGGAGUGUGAGUUUAAGUCGGCAGGUGGUCACCUGGGACAUUCUUGAGAGGCUCCCAGACCUAUUUUUCGCUCUGGACACUGUGAGGUGGUAAAUGCAGUCCCACCUUGGCCAUGUCCCUAAGCGUUGAAGGCUUGCCCUCCAUUUGCAAGGGGGACGACGACGAAAGGCUGCAGUGGGGGUAGGUGGGCCUGGAAGCAGUGUUCGGAAUUAGCCAGGGGCAUUUUGGCCUUGGCUAGCAGCCACUUGAGACCAAGUGACUACGCCUGGGUGCCAGGAUAGUGCCCGACAUCUCCACUAUCUGGAGGUGCAUGCUUGGGGAUCUUAACUGUUUUCACAAACUAAUACCACAUCCUGUAGAAUUCUAUCAGUUAUAUUUUAUCUGCACAGUCAGCAUAAAUUUCAGGAACUGAAAUGCUUUUUCUGUGCAGCCUGAGCAGGAGCAAUAAAUGACAUUAUAGUUAAUUGUUGUUACUUGUCUUCACCUGCCCCAACCCACUGUCCUGCUCACAGUUGUGAAGAAUCUCCUUAUGUUAUGAAUGGACCAUUAAGAAAAAGAGGAUGGAAUAGGCCAAUAUAUAUGUGGGCUAUCCCUGGACAAAGUGACCUUUCUUCUUUUAAUUUCUCGAAGCUUUUAGCCUAGCUCAAGGAUGUCAUCUGAACUAGCCAGAUGUUUAACUGAUAAUCAAUCACAGUCAGUCCAUCAUUUGAAAAAUAAGACUUUACCACCAUCUUGCCCCCAAAUGACAACUAGACAUUCCGUUUUGGCUACUGUAACCUUGGUUGAAGGAGCCAUUUGGUGCCUAGCUUAUAUGUCUGAGUUUCUAACCCUGCCUGGAAGUUAGGAAAGAAAAGCAAGUGGGGCCAAGGGAGUGGCUGAAACAUUGAUUUUCUCCUCAACCUGUCAAAACUUUACAGAUCUUAGCCAUUUGUCAGGGCUGUGCCUCCUUUACUGCAGGUUUGGCAACUCUCGUAUGCUUGUGUGUUUGUGGCCUUGUCUUCAAUGUGAAUACUUGCUUGGUUUCAUUUGCGUUGGGCAAUCUAUUAAAAGGGAUUAACAGCAUAAUAUUUGCCUAUCUCCAGGGCAGCUUUCCUCCUCUUGCAGUGCGUUUGCUUUCUCUGCUGGGCACAGGGGAGAGGGAGACUCCUUUGUCCUCCAUCCACUAGUCUUCUCACUCGCCUGCAAUGCAGCUCCUUUUCGCCUUUGGCUACCCAGGCUAGUGCUUCAAUACAAGGCUGGUCUGAAGUGGUACACAGUUCAUCCUGCCCACCUUGCAAUCUCCUAAGCAUUUCGUUCCUACCACAUGCUGGUGCUUUUGUAGAGUAGGCCUCCUUCCUCUUUUACAGGGGUGUGAUCAGGAGAGCUGAACCUGAGGCGUCUGUGUGAAGAGGACCCCACAAUACAAGAUGGGUGCUUUAGGACAUAUUUCGUGUCUAUCCCGUGGACUUUACAUAUACAUUGAGAACAGGCAUGGGAAUCUACUAUGUAUUUUGGAAAGCAUUUGGAUUUCACUUAAGAUAUUGUAACCAACUUUGGCAUGAUGAUUCCUGAGGUCAAGGAGCAGGUUUUUAUCUUAUGUAUGGAUAUAAUGGGUUGCCAUUUUGAAGCAAGAUGGGGGAUGGAACCUUUGAAAACCACUGUUUUUAACCACCUAUUUUAAAACUUCACUGGUAGUUUACUUUAUUAUUUUUUUAGUUUCUUAGAAUUCCUGAGCAAUGCCAGACGCAAGGCUGCUAGUGUAAGACAAAGCCCCAGAUUAACCUCAGAUUGGGGGCAUAGGAAAAUGGGAAAUGGAAUAAGGACCUUAUGGAGUCCAUUCAAGCAGGUGUGAACUCAAACCUUGACAGGGAAGUGGGGACCAACCUAAGCAUUUGCAGAGUAUCUGUUGGAGGAAGGGAAAGGGGGAGGGCACCAUUGCUGCCCACUGCAGAGCCCCUCCCCCAUGCCGCCAUGCACCCUCCUUGUGUGCUGGUUAGACCUUCUGUUAUGAAAGGCAUCAUAAUAGAAGAUUGGAGAUCUAUAAAGAGGAUUAAAUGUGUGGGUGGGAGGGUGGGUAUUUUGAUUGUGCAGAGUUGGCAAUCUGUUCCUGCCCGAGGCGCAGCACACCUGGACCUUCAGCCUAUACAAACAAUACUACUGGGGGUGAAAUUGAUCAAACAGGCUCCAAGGCACGAUGUUGGAUUGUGCAACCAGACUUCAUAUGGCACUGUUCUUGGUAAUUUAGGUAUACAACUUCUUGUUGGUGGACUACUUGUUCCAAUAACGGUUGCGAUGAGGGAUAUUAAAGGGCAGCGUUCCCUCCUGAGUAACCAAACACUUUUGUCCUGGGUGCUGCUAAGGCCUAUGCUCUGCCAUUGCGGACAGUUGGCCAGAUUUGGUUGAAAAGAGGUGAAGUUUGCCACAGAAGUUCCAGGAGAAGAGUUCUCAAGUGAGCGUAGUUCAUCUGUUUGAGAGAAGCUGGGUAGGCUGAAGAAGGUGGAUACACAAUGAAGUCUGGAAGACAUUGAAAAGAGGCUCACCACUUCAAGGCUGUUGACUGUCCUCCACACACACUCCUGGUUGCUGUUGUUGAUGGCACUGUUAAAAAAAAAAAAGAAUACUAGGUUGCUUGACCUGUUGACUGUAUAGCCAAGCACUUAGGAAACCAAAAAUAAUGUCGCUGCCGGAAGGGUUACAGUUAGUAUGAGGAACGGUUGAGAGACUUGGGUAUGUUUAGCCUGGAGAAGAGAAGACUGGGAAGUAAAUAUGUCAGUCAUCUUCAAGUAUAUGAAGGGUUGUUCGUUUCAUGGAAGAUGGUUCCAUAGCUUGUUUUUCUGUGACUCCGGAGGGAGGACGCGAACCAGCAGAUUCAAAUGACAAAGAAAGGAGAUUCCAGACAAACUUUAGGAAGAACUGUAUGACAGUAGGAGCAGUUUGACAGUGGAAUGGACUACCUCAGAAAGUGGGAUCUCCUUCACUGAAGGCUUUUUAACAGGUUGGAUAGCCAGCUGCUGGGGAUCGUUUCACUCUUGAUUCCUGUACGGAAGGCAGCUAGACUAGAUGAGCCUUGGGGUCCCUUCCUUCCGAGUCCACAAUUCUGCGAUUUUAAACCCACUGCGAACGGCCCUACAAAAUGGCGUUCAGCCUGGCAUAGCUUUGAACUGCAGAAGCCUUUCCUUUGCAUCACUAGCAAUGGUUGUGGGGACCAAUUCAAAAGCUGGGAGCUGCUCUGCAAAAGGGGCAACUGAAAAAUUACUGCAAAGUGUCAGCUGGGGAAAGCCACAACACCAUUUCCAAGGAAAUUACAUGAUAGCAUGAAAAAUAUGUUUCCGAAGUGAUAAGAGCAGAAGAAGAGGCCUGUUGGGUCAGGCCAAUGGUCUGUCUAGUCAAUUACACUGUUCUCACACUGGCCUGUGAGAAACCCACAAGUAGCACAAGCACGCUCCCCCUGCCUCCAUGGUUUCCAGCAACUGGUGUUCAGAAGCACUACUGCCUCAGAGUCAAAGCAGAUACUUCCAGUUGUAUACCUAGAUGGGCAACCUGUGCUCCCCCCCCCCUUUACCUAUUAUGAAAGUCUCUGUGUCAUUUUAAAUUAAAGUGCACAAGUUUUAAGUACUCCAUUGUUUUUCUUUCUUGCUUGCGUAGUACUUUCUGCUGCUGACACUUAAUUGCAACACUUAACAUACUGUAUUAGUUUUCUUCACUGCACUGUGAUUAUAACAAUUGCACCUUUCUAUUUUAAUAUUUCUCACGUGAACCGGAACGAAGCCUGUGCAAAACUGGUUACUGAGCAUUGAUUGGCCUGAAGCUGGAACCACCUCGGCUGCAGCUGAACCAGAAUGGAAAUAAAAUAUUUAGUGGCUUGAUCCCCUGAAGUUGAUAUUUUAGUAGGAGGGGACUCUAAACACGCAAGUGGAGAAGGACACAUCUUCAUUGCCCCCGCCAUUUAAUAGAGCCACUAGGCCUAACCUGGUGCUUGGAAACUCAGUGUGUGUGAAAAGCACUUUCUGCUUAAAUAAGACAGCAUCUCUUUUCCAGUUCCUUGUUGCUGUGUGUAUAUAUAUCCCUCUUUGUGUGGCCUCUUGUGCUGAAAAGCGUUACUAAGAUGCAAGCUUGCAUUCUUAAGGGAUUUCUGCUUUUGUUUGUGUGUGGAACAGGCUUCACGAUGCCCUCAUGAUGAUUAGAGGUCUUUAAAUCUAAAGAUUAAGUUGAUUUUUAAAGAGUAACAAAAUGGUUGCCUUUCAUCCCACUUAACAUGGCAAUAAUAUGCCCAUCUCCACAGUUCCCUUGCAGGUGUUGUUGGACUGCAACUGCCGUCAUCCUUGACCAUUGGCCAUUCUGGCUGAUGGGAGCUGUAGUCCACCCGUGUCUGGAAGACUCAUUGGUAGCACCCAUGAGUGCUGCUAGGUCAGUGGAGGCUGAGAAGUGGCUGGCCUCAGCAGACCAGAGAGGAACGUCAGGCAGCAAUGUGGAUAGGUGGCCUGGGAAUGAAUGGGACUGAGCAAGAGAUCUAGAAGGCAAGAUGUGAUUGCGGUAGCAAAUAAACUGUGAGAAAGACUAUGAAUUGUGGGAGGCCAGGAUGUUCCAGCGUGGAUUCUGAUGUCUUAUCACUGUUCAGAAUUGCACCUGGUUGGGAACAAAUUAACAUUUACGUGACUUGUGUGGGGUGGUUUUAUCAAAGGAUGUGAUGGAAUCCAGGCUGCAUAUCUUUAUUACUGUGAGAGUGAGAGGUAUCUGUCUGUCUUUUUUCCACAAGUGUGCCAAAAGCAAAUAGGAAAAAGCUAACCACUUGCUGGAGAAACGCCAAAACCAUCUUAACAAGUUCUGCAGGGGCACCUGCCAACUUUUAGAAAUGGGAAAGACUUACGUUGGGUCUGGUCAAUGUUCUGGCUCUCCCUGUCCAGUGUCUGCCAUGAGCUGAAGAUUGGCCUUGGCUUUGCCAAAACAACUUCACAGCUCACUUGAAGGGGCCUGGCAGAAUUAGUUGGUAUGAUUGGGAACUUCUACAUCAGGCAUGUCCAACUCCCAAGAGACUGCGAUCUACUCCCACUAUAAAAAAAAUUGGCAGUGAACAACUUUGGAAAGGCAAAGUUGAGAUUUUUUUUGUGGGGGGGAGAUCAUUCAGGGUCAGGAGAUCGACCUGUUGGACAGGCCUCUUCUACAUGCACAGCUGUGUGGGGGACCUUUGGCUCACCAGAUGUUGCAGAACAACAGCUCUCAACAUCCCUGUCCCUUGACUGUGUUCUCUGGAGCUUGUGGGAGUGUAGGCUGCUCUGAUCAUUUUGCAAGAGAGUCAGAAUAUAAAUUAUUACUUAUGAAGUGCUUAAGGGUGCAAUUGUACCCUUGAAUUACGCCAGCUGAGGCAUAUAGGACAGGGGUGGACAAUAGCUUGUUGCUCAGGGCAGGCAUAGGCAAACUCAGCCCUCCAGAUAUUUUUUUGGCCUACAACUCCCAUGAUCCCUAGCUAGCAGAACCAGUGGUCAGGGAUGAUGGGAAUUGUAGUCCCAAAACGUCUGGAGGGCCGAGUUUGCCUAUGCUUGGCUUAGGGAGCCGCAUUCCUUUUCUGUGUAUGGUGUGUCCCAAAACAGUGGGUUGAGAAUGGCACAAGACCUGCCUGAAGGGUUGCCUUGAUCCACAUGGACUCGGGGAUCAUUAUCGUCCUGUGUGUUGAAACUCCUGGGACUAUUUCACCAUCAUUGUGAGUGCUUUCACUCUCUCUGUUGUUCAUGGGCACAAGGUUGGCCCAUGGGCACAACACAGUCCUUACGUAAUUCCCACUGGCAAUAUUUACAGGAAUGCUGGAGGACAUCUCUUGCGUUAUUACUCUGUAGACCCUAUUUGCAUUUUCUGGCUGCAUGUUGUUGUUUUUCCCCUCCUCUGGGAAUCGGGACGGGCAUCAGGGGUGGGCAUUGCUGGGUUGCUGCCAAGAGCCCCACCCUUGUGGGUCCCUAGGGUGCCCUGGUUCUGCAGCAGCUCCUGCUUUCUCUGCUCCGAGCAGAGUGGAGGGAACCUUUGGCCCUCUGGAUGUUGAACUACAACUCCCAUCAGCCCCAGCAAGCACAACCAGUGGCCAGAUCCUAAGAGUGAGGAAAUGAAGCAGCAGUUCCCUCUUGCCUGUUGUACAGAUCAUGGUUGUACAGCAGUGCCUCCCCCUCCCCCUACCAUAGAUAGCCGUGCCCUGGCUAAGCACACCUGUCUUUGUUACUGUAAUGUUUGAAAGGACUCAUUUUAUUGUAUAUUUUAAUCAUGGGUUGCUAAUGAUGGUUUUGCAUACUUUAAUUCUGUUUAAUUCUGUUUAUACUUCAGUGUUUGAUUGGGAUUGUUUUCUUUAGGUUACUCUUUGCCUAGCUGGUUUUUCUACAUUGCAAACCUCUCAGAAGCCGAUUUUUUGGGCACUUAAGUGAUUUUAAGAAAAGGCGCUGAUCCUUCCCGCAGGCUUCCAUAGUCCAGGGAUGAAGACACCCCGGGCCCAGGUGUCAGCAUCUGGCAUUCUCCUGCAGCUACCUGGCUCCAGCCCCCUUCCCCCCCACCCACAAUUGCUGAUCCCUGCACUGGGAAGGAGGGCACCCAUGCUAACUUUCCAGCAAUGGCUCAGAGCACUUGAUAUAGUUUGUUUCGGGCUUCUUUGGGUAGCCACAUCUGCCACCCAGUAAGGUCGCAGCAGCCAAGUUGCAGUGGUGACAGUGACAACACACACAGCCAAGGGCCUCCUUAAACCUGGACAAGACAUAUUAGGGAGCCAGGGAAAUGAAUAAGUAGUUUCUCACCAAUGUUUUGGGACUGUGUUUGUGCUGAGUAAGCACAAACUACAAAGAAAUUGCAGGAAGCAAUUCUGUUUGUUAUUAUGUGUAUAAAUCACACCUUUCAUCCAAGGAGCUCCCAGUGGGGUGUGUGUGGUUCUCUCCCUCCAUUUUAUCCUCACAACAAACCUGUGAGGUAGGUUUAGGCUGAAAGACGGUGACUGGCCCAGAGUUCACCCAGGAAGCUUUGUGGCUGAGUAGGGAUUUGAACUCUGGUCUCCUAGAUCCUAGUCUGGCACUCUAACCCCUGUGCCACACUGGAUGUCAGUGCCCCAUUGCUGAUUUUGCCUAAUGUCUCCCCAUCCUUUACUCAGAGUCUCUUGCAAGGAAGCCCUGACAGAUUAGGUCGUGGAACAUUACAAACUUAAAGCUGUUUUCCCCACCCCAAAGUGUGGCACUUUUUAUUUUUCUUCCCCCGCGGCGCCCCCAGAAUAAAUGGCAGCUUUGCAGAAAAACAGCAACAACAACCAGCCACCUUAUAUUUUGGACUAUCAGUGCCUGUUAGCCACAGUGGUUUCAUUUUUUACCUCCACUGUCAGAGGCACCAUUCCUCUCAAUAUCAGGCGCUGGGAAUCACAAAUGGCACGAGUUGCUGUUGCUCUCAUGUCCACCUUGCAGGCUCAGCUGCGGUGAGAGCAGGAUGUUGGAGAAGAUGGGCCAUUGGCCUGAUUCAGCAGACUCCAAUUGCGUUCAUGCUAAGUAAUUUUUGUCUCUGGACUGAACAGAGCCUGUAGAUGGCCUUGUAGAGUCCUUCACUCCCUUCAGAACAUGGUGACACAGCCUUGCUUCCUUUAGCAGGUGUGUGUGUGCGUGCGUGCGUGCGCUACUGCCCACCCAAUGGAGCGAUGCCCCCUGGGUCUUGAAUCACCAAGCCCUGCCCUGGUGGCGCAGCAGGUGGGCCGGCAAAGGCUAGCCAGAGCACUCCUCUGUGCCCAGUGUAGAAAGCGAGUCUGCCCUUAAAGGAGAACAGUCCCUUCCUGCAACACCCCAAGCAUGGUAAUGUAGUGGCAGGGGUAGCCGAACUCUCCAUCCUUCCUCAGCCUGGAUUGUAGAGAUGGUAACUUUCCUGGCCUUAAUAAUAAUAAUAAUGCAUUAAUAAUAAUAUAUUACUUAUAGCCUGCCCAUCUGACUAGGUUGCCCCAGCCACUCCUGGGCAGCUUGCAACGUAAUAAAAACACAGCAAAGCACCGCACAUUAAAAAACUUCCCAAUACUGGAAAAUUUAUAGUAGUAGUUUAUCUCCUCAACAUCUGAUGGGAGGGCGCUCCACCGGGAGGGCGCCACUACCAAGAAGGCCCUCUACCUGGUUCCCUACAACUUCACUUCUUGCAGUGAGGGAACCACCAGAAGGCACUCGGAGAUGGCACAUCUAUCUAUGCACAUAGCUCACAGUGCAACCUCGCCUCUCAUUACCCUAAGCAGUCCGGAUCUCCCUCAUGUGCCACGCAUGUUAUGUGCUCUUUCAUCCGUGUCCCAGAUUGCAGUGCAGGUGGCUUUUCGUUUCAUUCCCCAGAACCCUGUGGGAGCCACUGAGGACGGAGCCAAGUUCCUGUUUUCACAACCCUGCCUCUUCAUCAGCAAGGCCUCCUCGCAGAUUGCAUUCAUUCUCAGGGCAAAACAUUCCCAUGGGUAUCUCCUGCACGUGCCUUUCCCACUGUUUUCUCAUAAAACUGGAUACCUGUAUGCAUACUCUGCCCUCAACACAAGAAGGAAGGGGAACAAAGUUGCUGCUAUCAUUUCUUGUGAAGCAUUUUUCUCCCUGUGGCCUGGCUCACUUGGGGGCAUAUAGGCCUCUGGCAUUGUUGGACUAGAGCUCCCUUAAUCCUUUACCACAGGCUGCGCUGGCUGGGGCUGAUGGGAGUUGGAGUCUAACGACGCCAGAUUCAGGAAUGCUGCUUUACCUCAUGAGAGCUAGUCCUGACCUUUGGGCCCUCAGAGAACAAAUUUUUCUGUCUUAUUAUGAGUCCCCUUAGCCUUCUUAUCUUCAGGUUAAACGUGCUCUUCAGCCUUGCCUUGUAGGACUUGUUUUCCAUAUCCCUGACUAUUAUUUUCCAUUAGACAUGUUUUUAUUUGUCACAAAGGUUGGCCACGCACAAAACCCUUCACCUGCAGUCCACAUAUUCUACAUAUUUUACAUAUUCUUGAUUUACCUGCCCAUUGUGGCUAGUGAAAAGGGUCAGUGAAGUGGGCAAUGCCUCGCUUCAGGAGUGAGUUAUGCCCACCUCUUAAAGAGGUCCUCCCUGGACCCAGAGGCUUAAAAAAAAGGGGGGGAGCUCCAGUCCCUUAUAUUCUUUAUAUGUAAGAUGCAAGUUUUUAAAAAUGCAAAUUCCUGGUCGGGUCGGGUGGAUAUUAAAUGGAAUCAGAGAAGGCACUGAGGGAGGAUUUAACUCUCUUCUGCUCCCCCUGUCAGCAGCAAAACUAUUACAACAGGGAGGAAAUUAGAAUUGUAGACUUGGAGGGGACCCUGAGGUCAUCCAGCCCAACCCCCUGCAAUGUUUAAAUUGCCUCUCGCAGUUUUGACACCUAAUGGCUUCCCCUCCCCAAAGUAUCCCAACGUUGUGAAAUUUGGCUCAAAGGAAUACCCUAAUGAAUGCUCUGUCUCUACAUCUCUUUAAAGUUCAUCUUGUUCCUCUUUGUAUUGAAAUGGGCACAAGCUCUUCUCGUUGGGUGUUCCCUCCAGAAUUAUGAAAGGAGUUCAAGAUACCUGAAAGUCUUAUGAAAGCCUUGCGCCACUGAAUGCAGCUGGCCGCGACCUUGGCUGCACAGCGAAGUGCUACCUUCAGUUUAGGUACAGCCCAGAGAGCGUUUGGCCUCCCGCUUGGCAUAACCAGUUAUGCUCUGUGGGUAUUUCCAAAUUAGUAUCUGCCUUCCAAGAUGGAUUAGUUAUUUUGGAGCCUCAGGCUGCAGAGCUUCCUUCCUUAGUUAUUAAGGCUUCCUGCCUGCCUGGAUGCUUUUUUAUCUCAUGUGUUUUUGCCCUUGGAAAACUAGCGGGAAGUCUGUAGUGGUGGGGAUUCCCAUUUCUAGGUCACAGCCUCAUGCCAGGAACAGUCAGCAUUUCGAGAUGAUUCCAGCGGAGACUGUAGAGCUACACCAUCCUUUUAAAAACACAUGGUUUCCCCCAGAGAAUCCUGGGACUUGCGGGGUUGUUUUUUCCCCUGCCACAGCAUUGCAGCCCUGGAGCCAAAGCCAGCCUGCUACCUUCUUCUCAGCCAGACUUUCUAGUUUAGUUAAAAGGGUUCUGGGAAUUCUAGUUCUCUGAGGGCUGAGCUACAGUUUCUUUGCUUUAAAUGUAUGGUGUGGCUCGGGCUAAGAGGAAGGCGCUGGGUGUGUGUGCAGGUUAGCGAGGGUUGAUACUCUUGUAAGGAAUGGCUUUAAAAAGACAAGCAACCUAUAUAAGGCACCUAUAUAAGGAUGAGGAGGAGUGAUACUUCCCCCGCCCUGAAAGCUAAAGGUGGCAUGGCAGCUAUCAUUAGUCAUGGUGAGCAAACACAGUUUUAAUUUCUGUCUCAAUUACACUAUUUGUGGUUAAACAUUAUUUCUGGGUUUUCGGUGCCCUGUAAAGGCUAGCGAAGGUGAGACCACGGUUUUUGAAAAAAGCACAUACAUGAAUGAAAACCACAGGAAAUGAUGACUCUCAGUAUCACCUUUAACUCUCCUGAAAAUCUGUUUGUGGUCUAAGUGACAGCUCCCUCCCCAGAGUCAGCUGCAUAUUGCAGUACCAUAAGAAGUCACUGUAGAAACAAGUGACUUUAAACUAGAGGCCACUGCAAAUAUGAGCUUUCCAGGGUGUGUGUGUGUUGUACAUCCCAGUGAUGAACAGAAAAUGUGUCUGGGAUUGCCGGUUAAUGUCUAAGAAUACAUGAACGCUUUCAGCCCCACCCAUGAAAACUGGAAAUGGUAUUUGUGUGAAUGUCAGCAUCCACCCUUGUUUCUCUUGUGGUGCUCACUGGGGCUACACUGUUUAGCAGAUUAAAUGUUCUACAUUAGUAGAUAUUAAAAAUAAAUAAAUCUGUUGAUCAGGCUCAAGUGGCAGCAGGUUUGGAAACAAGGUCAGCCAACCUUUAAAAAACAUGGUUUUUAAAGAAUUCUUUAUUCCUUUGUAAGAACUUGAAUAAAAAUAAAGUUAAAAAUACAUCACUUUGAAUAAACAGAGGGAAAGAACAGACCUAAGGUCCUUUAGACAUACAAGAUAGCUGGUUUGACUCAGCUGGGUGGAGAAUGCCUUAUAAAAAUGUUAUUUUUUUAUGUGCUUACUUUGACGACAUUUUCAUCCUGCCCUUCCUCCAAGGGCCUUGUACUUCUUCCACCUCCAUUUAAUGUUCACACCAACCCUGUGAAGUAAGGUGAGAUGGAGUGAGAGUGACUUGCUCAAGGUUACAUGGUCAAUUUCAUGGCCGAGUGAGGAUUUGAACCUGGGUCUUUCCAGCACGCUAAAUCCCUCUGUGACACUGGCUUGAGAAAACAAUUUUUUACUACAAGUGCUUAUGGAAAAAUCAUGGGUGGAGGCUGUGCCAUUGCAAGAGAAGCAUUUCCUGCUUCUUUUGCACCAAGGAAGGCUUGCUUCUGCUCAGACAAUUACAUAGAUCAACUAUCAAAACAAAGAAAGCAUCUUCAGAACUAUUGUUUUAUUCAUCCAGGUAGACGGAAUCAGUUCAGACUUGGUAUAAUUUAUUGACUAGAUUUCUUUGAUCAGAUUUCCACUUUAGUUUUCCAGACAUUCACAGCAGGCAUCUGGGAUCAGCAAGCCUCCACAGGCAAAAGCUAGCAACGACCACAGUUUGGGCAUUUGCCUCCAAUGUACAGUCGUACCUUGGAUCCUGAACGCCUUGGUAAUCAGACGUUUUGGUUCCCGAACGCCACAAACCCGGAAGUGAGUUUUCUGGUUUGCGAACAUUCUUUGGAAUCCGAACGUCUGACGGGCUUCCACGGCUUCCUAUUGGCUGCAGGAGCUUCCUGCAGCCAAUCAGAAGCCAUGCUUUGGUUUCCGAACAUUUUGGAAGUCGAAUGGACUUCCAGAAUGGAUUCCGUUCGACUUCCAAGGUAUGACUGUACAUUGUUAGGGCAUGAACUCCCAGCUACCCAUGUCACGUGGGAAUGCACACUUGCUGUGUGAAUGUCUUGCAGUGUCACGAGCACUUCUGAAAUCGGUUUUGUGGUGUGUCUGUCAAAUGUGUCAUGCAGAUAUUUACUUAUUUUUAUUUAUUAAAUUUGUAUACCGCCCUAUACCUGUAGAUCUCACAACAUAAAACUACAAUAUAAAAAACACAAAAGAUAUAUAGACAAAGACAACCCAAUAAUCCCCCCUUCCACAACACACUUAAAAGGGCCUUAGAUGUCAAUCAGCCAAAGGGAAGGGUUGAAGGGAAACGUUUUCAUCUAGUGCCUAAAGUUGUAUGAUGAAGGCACCAGGUGAGCCUCUCUGGGGAGAGCAUUCCACAAAUGGGGAGCCACUGCAGAAAAGGCCCAUUCUCGUGUUGGCCCCCUCCAGACCUCUCGUGGAGGAGGCACACAAAGAAGGCCUCAGAGGAUGUUUGCAAGGGCCAGGUAGGUUCAUAUGGAGAGAGGAGGUCCUUGAGGAGCCAGCCCCCUCCCAUGGGACUGGACUCCUAUUGGCCCCAGACAGUGUGGCCAGUGGUCAGGGCCGGUGGGAAGUGGAGUUCAACAUUAUCAGGAGGGUCAGAAGUUCCCCGGAUCUAUAGUAAUGUGUGAAGCUGGUCCUUGAUGCCUUAAUAAUAAUAAUCAGUAGCAGCAAAGCUUUACCGCACAGGCAGCUGCUUGUUUUGCAAGAAACUUGUUUUGUUUGAGCAGAUGCAGCUCAAACAGGGGAAAUGAAACACCUGAUUAGUUCACCCUCUUCUCUCCCCUCAAACCAGAGAUCAGCCGCAGCCUCCUGCCCCGUCCCCGUCGCCUGCUCCUGCUGCUGAACCCCUUUGGAGGCAAGGGCAAUGCCCUGCAGUGGUGCCAGAAUCACAUCCUCCCCAUGAUCACAGAGGCUGACAUCGGCUUCAACUUGAUCCAGACAGGUGAGGUGGCAGCAGAAGGAAGGUGGCCUUCAAGGGGAAGGGGAAUGGAUGCUGUGGGGGGUAAGAACAUAAGGAGAGCCAGCUGGACCAGGACAGAGACCCGUCUGGCCCAGCAUCCUGUCCUCACAGCUGCCAGCCGGAUGCUAGUGGGGAACCCUCCGAGCUGUGGUUUCCAGCAAAUGGUAUUCAGAAGUAUUGUUGCUUCCCACUGUGGACGCAGAGCGUGGGUGUGAAUUUGUCUAAUCCUGUUUCAAAGCCAUCUAGCUUGGUGACCAUCAGCUCUUCCUGUGGAUGUGGGGAGAGGAAACACAGCCUGUAGAUGGAUUCAAAAGUGGAGUUGGGGGGGGGUUAGACAAAUUGGAGGAGGCUGGUUCUUAUUGGUGACUCUGAGCCAUACUAGCUCAAUGGAGCCAGCGUGUUUAGGGGCAGUCUAUCUUUGAAUAUAAGACAACGGGGGAUCUACAGAAAAGGAGGGCUGCUGUCAUCAUCAUGCAUUUGUUGUGGGGCUCUUUUUUUACCGAACUAGCUGGGCUACUCUUAAGUACUUUAGUGAAACUCAGUUAGAAAUGGGAACACAGCAAUAUUUGGGAACAGAUACUUUUGUUUACUCCUGCCAACCUAGCAGUUCGAAAGCACGUCAAAGUGCAAGUAAAUAAAUAGGUACCGCUCCGGCGGGAAGGUAAACGGCGUUUCUGUGCGCUGCUCUGGUUCGCCAGAAGCGGCUUAGACAUGCUGGCCACAUGACCCGGAAGCUGUACGCUGGCUCCCUCAGCCAAUAAAGUGAGAUGAAUGCUGCAACCCCAGAGUCGGUCAUGACUGGACCUAAUGGUCAGGGGUCCCUUUACCGUUACCUUACUUUUGUUUAAACAAAAAACAGCAGCAGUAGUAGUGGUGGUGGUGGCGGCAGCUAGGCAAGAGCCAUAGAACCUGUGAGCCAUAAGUUCCUGGUUGAAAUGUUGCCUCGGCCACCAACUUGCUAGGCAAACAGCAGCCUCAGUCCUUCUGUACAGCAACCUGUGACAAGGGGGUAAUAAUCCUAGAUUACGGAAAGAAGGUAUGCCAAGCUUCUUGAGCACUUAAAUAGCUCUUAACUCCUAAGUAAUCAUUAGCAUUAAAUGCUAGAAAGUUAAAUGUAUAUUCAUCUUCUAAAUGUAUAGCCUCAAAGCUUUCGAUCACAGCAGCAAUAAAUUGUGAUGCCCAUCCGUUUAUAUUUGUAUAAUGUAUAUGUACAUGCAUGUAUGCAUGCACACACACACACACACACACACACGUAUGCAUGCAAAUAUAAUUUCAGCAGCAGCAAUACUAAUUUCUCCCAAACAGUUUGCUGUUUCCAUUCACUUGUAGACAGCCGCUUAGGACAAGACAUAGAGAACAGGUCAAAAUCGUAUCCUGGUGGUCAGCCGCUGAAUCAGUUUCUUCGGGUGGGAGUGUGGCUUUGAAUUGCUACUAAUCUGUAUGCUAUUUAUUCCUUUUCUGGCCCAGAGAGACAGAACCAUGCCCGGGAGCUGGUACAGAACAUCAACUUGGCUGAGUGGGAUGGCAUUGUAUCCAUUUCAGGAGAUGGGCUUCUAUAUGAGGUAUUGUUCACAAAGUGCUAGCCAAGGCACUGGCCUUCCAGCCUCCUGGAACCUUCCCCUUAGGCUACUCACUAGGGUUUAUUCCUGUUACUUGUCUCCUGAGUUGCCCUUUUGUGCUCCCUUAGAACUGUGGCACAUAAGACCCAAUUCAUUGCUUUGGGGCAUGUGUGUGAAUGUCCUGGUGUACUUCUUCUUUUGAAUACUGCAUCAAAAAAGCCUGACUCAGAUUUUUGCAAAUUAGAGCAGUGAAGAAAAUGCAUGAUAGGCUUUGGUGCCCCUGUUUGGGUUUUGAACUUGUUAUCUUCAGGGACUUUCCAGGGCCCAGAACCUGCGACUAGAACCAGGCCUAGAAUUCCCCCCAGCCCUCCCUUUACAAGGCACGUUGCUGGAAUGGAUCAAAAGCGGAAGGUCCAGCUGUCUUUGCUCUCCCAGUUCCUUAAGUGAGAGAAUUUUGGGUUUCUUGGAUCAUGAAUUUGCAGACUGCUGUUCUUGCCCCCCCCCCCAACACACAUCCCAUUUCCUGCGUUAUUAGGAUUGUAGGUUAUGAAUACUUUCCUAUCUCCUCCUUCCUUCCUUCCUUCCAGGUGAUUAAUGGCUUGAUGGAACGGCCGGACUGGGAAGAAGCCAUAAAAAUGCCCCUUGGUAUUCUCCCUUGUGGGUCUGGAAAUGCAGUAGCUGCAGCCAUAAACUUCAGAGCUGGGUAAGUGGGAAAGCUUAAUGGAUCUGCUUAGUCCACCUUCUUGCUUAUUUUUUUUAAAAAAAUAUAUUUAAAUUUGUAUUUGUUGGUACCAAAGUUGCUUCAUAUUGCUGUUUUUGGGUUGUGUUUGCACUACAAAAGCUUUCCUACAAAGAAACUGCAGCAGUGAUUGUAUUAUUUCGUACCAUUUUUAUCCCACCUUUUCCUCCAAGGAGCUCAAGGUGACAUGCACACAAUUCUCAUCCUCACAGCUUAAGCUGAGAGGCAGUGACUGGCCCAAGGUCAUACAAGUGAGCUUUAUGGCUGAGCGGGGAUUUGAACCCGGGACUCCCAGGUUCAGUACACUAACCGCUGCACCACACGGGCUCUGCACCACACCACUUCUGGGAAGCAGGGGGGUAGGCUAUACUUGGGGCUCCAUCUUCAGCCGGACCUGAUCUCUACUUUUGGAUAUGUGAAGGUGAUGCAUUUAAGAAUCCCUGCAAACAUACACAGACUGCUGCUUUUUUAGCUAAUUAGGCUCCCACUUACCUGGUACUGGUUGGCAGGGCUUCCAGGCCAGAUUGCAGUUUCAGAGCUGGCUGUUCUACUUGCUGCAGUAAUUUUGAGCAAGUAAUUUUGCAUUUUCAAGGGUAGGGAGCAAGUUGCAUCAGCAGCUUGGCCAAUGCUGAGAACUAAUUACCGUAAUCAUGGUCAUUAUUUAUUCUGCUUUCAUCCUGCCAUUCCUCCAAGAGGUUUAAAGCAGGAUACAAAUUUUUCCCUUUUAGUCUCGAAACAAACCCUGUGAGUUAUGAAAGUUUAAUAAAAAUUUAAUAAUAAACAAACAAACAAACAAACAAACCCUGUGAGGUGUAGGCUGAGGCUGAAGGAGAGGGACUGGUUUAAGGUUAGCCAGUGAGAUUCUCGGAUGGAUAUGGAUUUGAACCUGGGUCUACCCAGGUGUAGUCCAGCAUUCAAGCUACACUUGUGUCUGGGACACUUUAUAUUAGUCCGGUCGUACCUCGGCUCCCAAACGCCUUGGAAAUCGAACAUUCCAACUCCCGAACAAUUGAAAACCGGAAGUGAGUGUUCCAGUUUUCGAACAUUCUUUUGUAAGCCGAAAGUCUGAACGGGGCUUCCGUGGUUACCGAUUGGCUGCAAGAUCGACUUCCAAGGUGCACCUGUACACCACUCUUCAUCCAUAGAUCUCAGGGUGGUUCACAGCAUAAAGCUGCAAUAUAAAAACCACAAAUGCAUAGUAAAAAUAAGAACAACAAAUCAAUAUCCCGCCCCCCUUCCACAACACAUUUAAAACGGCAUCAGAUGUCAAUCAGCCAAAGGCCUGGUUGAAGAGGAACGUUUUCGCCUGACGUCUAAAGGUGUAUAACAGAGCUUGCCAAACUUUGUGUUGCAAUAUGCUAGUGUGUCAGCUGCAGUGUGUAGGUGAGUUGCGCGAACCCUCCCCACGCUCCUCCGGGGCUGGAAAGGGGUUAAUUUAACCUCCAGUUUGCUAGAAAAACUGAAUUACUGUGUCACAAAAUGAUGCCUGUCUAAAAAGUGUGUCUCCAGCUCAGAGGAUGUUCGCAGGGUCCAUGUAGGUUCACAUGGAGAGAGGCAGUCCUUGAGGUAUUACGGCCCUGAGCUAUUUAUAUCUUUCUUCCUCAUUUUGCACAUGCAGCUAUUGUUCGCCGGCUAAACGGAAAUGUAAGUGCUACUGUUGCCCCGUGACAGAUGCAGCCUUUGCACCCCACAUUGCGGCAGUGUUUGUCCCCCCCUCUCUAGGGAGCCUCUCACCAUUUGAUUGCAUGUGCAAGUGAGCUUCUCCAACCCUGACACAUUUCUCACUCUGUCGGGCAGGUUUGAGCAGACCUUGGGCCAGGAGCUGCUCACAAACUGCACCCUCCUGCUUUGCCACGGGGCGGUGACCCCCUUGGACCUGGUGUCGGUCACAACCGCGUCGGGCUCCCGUUCCUUCUCCUUCCUGAGCGUGGCCUGGGGCUUCAUCUCUGACGUGGACAUUGAGAGCGAGAAGUUCCGGCACAUCGGCCCGGCUCGCUUCACCUUGGGGACGAUGGUCCGCCUGGCCUCCAUGAACACUUACCGGGGGCGUCUCUCCUACCUGCCCGCCCUGGAGGGCACUGCCCACCGCCCCAUCUUGCGCAGCAUCACCAUGGCGGCCAACGGGAGCCUCCCCUUCCAGCACGGGCCGCUCCACCGCACCGUCUCUGACCUGGGCCUGUGCAAGGAACGCCACGCCCUCUGCUUCCAGGAGGUGGAGCCUGCCGACGAGCCCACCCCCUCGCCCAGCUCCCCACCCUCUUCCUCUAGCUUCCACUCUUCCAGCUUCAGCUUUGAGAACCUGUCGGAGGAGCUCGUGGCUGACCGCAGGGAGGCCGGGCUGCCCAUGACCACGCCUGCUGUCUCGCUGUCUCCCCGGCAGGUGCACGGCCCCCCAGACGAGUUCCUGGCGCCUCUAGACCAGCCGGUGCCCAAGUCGUGGGUGACAGUGGAGGAGGACUUUGUCUCUGUGCUGGCCAUCUACCAGUCUCACCUGGGAACCGACCUUUUCAUGGCGCCCUUUGCCUGCUUCAACGACGGCCUCAUCCACCUUUUCUACAUCAAGGCGGGCAUCUCCCGGGCAGCCCUGAUCCGCUUGUUCUUGGCCACGGAGAAGGGCACUCACUUUGACAUGGAGUGCCCGCACUUCAUCCACAUUCCUGUCCGGGCCUUCCGCAUCGAGCCCCUCACUCGCAAGGGGAUCCUCACCAUUGACGGAGAGAGGGUGGAGUACGGCCCCAUCCAGGGGCAGAUCCACCACUCGGUGGCCAAUCUAAUCACCGGCGUGAACCAGGUGAAGAUCACAGCGUUCUGACCCAGGAUGCGGGAGCACUUUGCAGAUCUGACAUAACUUUUGUUCUCUUCUGCCCCUUUGCUGCAAAGAGGGACCCUGAGGCUUGGGAUCGGGGGUACUGUCUGUGUGGGUAGCGGGUGAGCGUUCUGACUUGCAGUGCCCCCUCCAGCCACCCAGAUGGCAAGCUGCUUAAAACCUCCCUCUGCUCUUCUAGGCCUUGGCACACACAUACCAUAUAUUCCUUUAAUGAGCCUUUGGGUGGCAAGUCUUGCCCACUCCCCAUGAUCCUCUGCUGCUGUCCAUGCAACCUUUUGAAUGUUGACCUCCUCCUCCCUUCCUCACCCACCUGCAUAGGCCUGGUUUUGCCAGCCUGUUUUGCAUCUCCCAUCAAGAAGGAGCAGCUUGGCUACAGGACCCUUGGUGUGGUUUGGGUCGAGAAGUGAUGUAGCCUUUCCUCCCUUACAAGGCCCACCAUCCUCUCCACCUUGUUCCUUUUUGGGGAGGCCCUUCUAUUCCACUUUUCCAACCACUUGUCCCAGAGACGGGGGACACCUCUGCGCUACCCUGCUUGCCAGUCUGGGGCAGCAACACUGAAGACUCCCAUCCCUUUGCAGCUCAUGGUUCAGGGCCAUGUCUGAAGUGACAGGGAGAGAGAUGCUGGUGUGGGUUGGAGAGAUGAGUGGGGCACUGAGUGGGCUGGGGAAAUGCCACACCAACUUUCCUUCAAGCCAUGGGACCAAGAGUCACGUCCCAAUUUCUAGUGUUGUUCUCUCUCUCCACUCUUUUUGUGUCUUCUGCUGAAUCACACACCUCUCUCCUGCUAAAUGGGAGCCCCCUGACCCCUUUGAGGCCACCCUCUCUUCCCGAACUUGCAGCCCCUUUUUGCCUGUGGUUCACAAGAAGCCACUUAGAGAACACUAAGCCUUGCUUGCUGCUCCUCGUCUUUGUACGGUCUGCUCAGCCGGGGUGGAAGCAGGGUGGGGGUGUGUGUGAAAGCAGUGAGACCACUGUAGCAGGGAGUUGAAUGUAAGAGGCAGCCCACAAAACACUAACUUCUAUUUGACACCACCACCCCUCCUUUUAAACCCUUAACAGAACCGAAGGCAGCCGUUUCCCCUCCUCUCUAUGUCUACCCUGGGAAGGGAGAUCUGCCAUCUUUCUUCAGAGUUGUGUUUGGUUCUUCGGCCACCUCUCCUUCAGAGGGCGACCAAGGACAUUUAGGGCAAGGAAGGGACCACUUUCUCGACAGCCUUCUUUGGCUCCUUUCUAGCCAGCCGGAGGUGUAGUGAAAGGGGAUGGGACUGACCCCCAACCCCUGCACUAAUGACCUCCGAAUCUGGCUCUCUCUAGGAAUAAACUUGAUGAAUGUAACUGGAAUUUUUUCUUCUUCUCACGGGUGGGGGCUUAACUUUGGUAGGGCGGUUUGUUAUUAUUCUUUUCUCCCCACUAUGUGGGGGUUAACAAGCAAUUAAAAUGAUCCAAUACUGUAAUGGAAAUGUGUGUGUGUGUGCGUAUAUGAAAUGAUGUUCACCAUACAUGUAUUUGUCUGUGUCUCUUAAGAGAUGUCGAAUCAGGAGAUUUAAGUUGGCAGAUUCCACCGGCAAAA